AUGGCGGAUGAUAGCUCAGAGUCAACACCAACAAACUCCAUCUCUACCUUUGGUGUUUCUGUGGUCAUUAACGGUGUUAUUCUUCUUGUAUCUAUAAUUGGAUUUCUUAUUCUUCGUCCUCUUCAAAGUCGAAUUUACCAGCCACGCUCAACAAUUGACACCGUUCCAGCUAAUGAACGACCACGCCCUCUUAAAAGCGGUGUUUUUGCAUGGCUUCAGGAUCUUUUAACACGUAAAGAGUCUGACAUUCUUCAAGAUGCUGGCCUUGAUGGCUAUUUUUUUCUUCGAUAUCUUCGAUUCAAUGUUCUUAUAUCUUUUGUUGGAGUUAUCGUUUUAUUUCCGAUUCUGUUAUCAGUUAACGGCACUGGUGGUAAUGGCCAACAUGGAUUUGAUUUACUUUCUUUUACCAAUGUGAAGAAUCCUAAACGGUUUUAUGCACAUGUUUUUUUGGGUUGGAUGUUUAAUGGUUUUAUUAUCUUUUCCCUUUACAGAGAAUUUGUUUAUUAUAUUGGUGUUAGACAAGCUGUCUUAACUUCUCCAGCUUAUAGUAACUUGAUUUCAUCUCGAACAGUACUCAUUCAAACGCUCCCUAAUGAAUACCUCGAUGAGGCAAAGCUUAAACAUCUUUUUGAUGGUGUUAAGUUUAUUUCAAUUAGUAGAGUCCAAAAAACUCUUGUCGAAAAAGUAAAUGAAAGAAACGCUUUAGCCAUGAAGGUAGAAGCUGCUGAAACAAAAUUAUUAAAAACCGCUAUUAAAAACAGACUCAAGGCUGAAAAGAAGGCUUUAAAAAAUUCCACUGCACCCGCACCUAUGUCAGGUUCUGAUAUCAAUGAUUAUGUUCCGGAAAAAAAACGACCAACCCAUAAACUUAAAUUUUUGAUUGGCAAAAAAGUCGACACAAUAGAAUACGGCAAAGAGCAUAUACCUGAGCUCAAUGGAGAAAUUAAAUAUCUUCAAGAAAGACAUAAUGAUGCAAACCCCUUGAAUUCGGUUUUCAUUACUUUUCAUACUCAAGAACAAGCUGAAGUUGCAGUUCAGGUUUUGGCACAUCACCGUGCCCUUCACAUGUCUCCCCGAUAUAUUGGAAUUACUCCUAAUGAUGUCAUUUGGAUGAAUCUUAGAAUGUUUUGGUGGGAGCGUUUGGUUCGUCAUUGGGGAGCUAUGGCAUUCAUUAUUGCUUUAAUUAUUUUCUGGUCUAUUCCCGUCGCCUUUGUUGGUUUGGUUUCUAAUGUUAAGUAUUUGAUGCAAAAGAUUUCUUGGCUUGAAUGGCUCGGCAAUAUACCUAGCUGGAUUUUUGGUGCUAUAUCUGGCUUCCUUCCUUCUGUCUUACUGGCUGUUCUUAUGGCUCUUCUUCCCAUCAUUCUUCGUCUCAUGGCUAAAAUUUCUGGUGUGCCAUCAGGAUCUUUAGUAGAACGUUACGUUCAAGGUGCUUAUUUUGGGUUUCAAGUUGUUCAGGUAUUUUUGGUUACUACUUUGGCGUCUGGUGCAACCUCCGUAGUAACACAAAUUGUCGAAGACCCAACCAGUGCAAUGAGUCUUUUAGCCAGUAAUUUGCCCAAAUCCUCUAAUUUUUACAUUGCAUACUUUUUACUUCAAGGUUUUUCAAUUGCAGGUACUUCUUUGUUACAAAUUGUUGCGUUACUUCUCUUUCAUGUUCUUGGAACAUUAUUAGAUUCCACUCCUAGAAAGAAGUGGAGUAGAUGGAAUAUCCUAGGAACUACUGGAUGGGGAACCGUUUUUCCUGUUUACACCAAUCUUGCGGUUAUUGCAAUUACCUAUGCUAUUAUCAGUCCAAUUUUAUUAGGGUUUUCUGGUGUUGCCUUUUUACUUCUUUAUCUUGCUUAUCUCCAUAACCUUAUUUUUACGGUCCAACCAUCCGACGGAAGAGGAAUCUAUUAUCCCAGGGCACUUUCUCAAACAUUUACCGGACUUUACUUGGGAGAGGUAUGCCUUUUAGGGCUGUUUGUUGUUGCAAAAUCCUGGGGUCCCCUUGUUUUGGAAGCCAUUUUGAUUGGUGUGACAGCAUUUGCACAUAUAACAUUUAACCAAGCAUUUGAACCUCUACUUUUUAGUCUUCCAAGAAAUUUAUUAAAAGAUCUUUCGACAAAGAAUUUAAUUACUAGUGAAACCCAACCUUUAAUUGGGAAAGAUGGUGCAGUUGAACUCCAAGAAAUACAUACCGACAGCCCAGAAAAACACACUCACAACGCUAGUUUAGAUGAUACUGUACCUCUUUCAACAGAAACACACCUUGAAGAGGGUAUUCCUGAAUCUACAGCAUUGGAAAAACUUGGGCCAAUUGGUCAAUAUUUAAAGCCCCACGUGUAUUUAACACCUUUUCUUCUUCAGAAAAACUUUUUAGGUCCUAGAUUCAAAGAAAGUCCAUCUUUGCUUUCUAACGAAGAGGAGUCGCUUGCCUAUGCGCACCCAGCGGCUUCGGCAACUAAUCCAAUUGUAUGGAUUCCAAAAGAUCCCUACGGGCUUUCAGAGAUUGAGGUUUCCAAUUUAAAACAAAAUGACAUCGAUGCUACCACUGAAGGAACUUGGUUUGAGAUUGAUGAAAAUAAAAAGAAGAUUAAGCAAUUUAAAUGGGGGCCAAUUGAGCAAAUUCCUAUCUGGGAAAAACCAAAGCAGUAUUAA